ACUAGUUUGUUAAUAAAUAAUUCUAUAAUAAUGGGUAAUUUUGAUAUGUACAAAGUAUAAAAUAAACGCAUGCGCGAUAGUGUCAUUGUCUGCAGGUAGUAAUAGUAAUAACACAAAGUUUACUGAAGAAAUAAGAAGGGGAGUUUGUUGGUCGAUGGUAUUUAUUGCUAUUACUGUGGUUUAGUUUGAUACAAAACGUUAAAGAACUUGGUUUUCUUUAUUAUCCUGAUAAAUAUUAAAUUAACAAGUGCAACAACAACAAAAUAUCGUGCAACAUUUAAUCUCAUGUAACAUCAAUUAAUUUUCUCAUCAAUUUACACACACCAAAUGAGAAAUCAUUAAUUAACAAUGUGAUUUUAUUUGAUAAUAAUCACAGUGUCUACAAAAAAAGAAAAAAAAAAACAAUAUAAAUUUAAAAAUGUAAAAGAAAAAUAAAAUUAACUAGAGAAAUUUUAUCAAUGAUAAUAUUUUCAUUCAAAAUAUUUUUCAAUAAAUAUUUUUAAUAUUAUAUUUCAUAAUGGAAGAGGAUAUUAUUAAUAAAAAAAAUAUUAAUGUUGUUGGUGGUGAAGUGUUGCCGUAUAAAAGUUCAUUUGCCAAAUCAAUUGUUGUUAAUUAUCGUGAUUUAAAAACCAUUAAUAAUAAUGACAUAAAAAUUGAAAAUAAUAAUUAUUCAAUUGAUACUACUGAAAAUACAUCAACUAAUAUUUCUAAUAUAUUUUCAUCAUCAAAAAUGACACUGCCAAUGGAUGAAACUAAAAAUCACGAGAUUGAUCAACUACGUAAGCAAUGCCAAGAUUUAAAUGAAGAAAAUCAACGACUUCAGAGUUUAUUACAGACAAAUCAAACACCUCGUGUACAAGCUAUUGAUAAUGUUUUAUUACAAACACAAAUUGAUACACUCACAUGGCAAAUGAAACAGAAUGAAGCAAGUCAACAGAUGUACAGAUCUUUAAUGCGUCAAAUGUUAAAUUUUCUUGAACGUGCAAAAAAAAGUUUGGAUAUUAUUCAUGAACGUACAAAUCCAAUUGGUAAAAAUAAAACAUCACGUAAUAGUCAAAAUUUAAGUAUAUAUGCUGAUGAACCAGAAUUAAUAACAUCAUCAACAAUAACAAAUACAAAAUUUACAAGAGCAAAAUCAAUAACACAAAUAUCAUCAUCAUCGUCAUCAUCAUCAUCAUCAGCAUCAACAACAACAACAACACAUAAUAGUUAUUCUGGUAUUCGUGAUUUUACAUGGUCUGUACUUAGAAAAAAUGAUACAUCAUUAAAUUGUUCAACACCAAAAGCUAAAAAUAACAAUAAUAAAAUAAUAAAAAAAAUUGAUUUAAAUAAGACAGAUGAUGAUAUUGUUAAAAGACGUAAAAAUAAUAAUAUUAAUAAUGAAAUAAAUGAAGAAAAUGAUGAUUAUGUGCCACCAAAUAAAUUAUCACAAGAAUCAUUUAGAUUAAUGAGAACAAUUGAAUCAUUAUUAACAACAAUAUCAUCAUCACCAUUUUCAUCAACAUUAUCAUCAGCAUCAUCAACAUCAUCAUUAUCAAUUAAUGAAAAAGAUUCAACAACAAUAACAACAACAGCUAAUAAUAAAAAAGAUAUUAAUGAUAACAACAAUAACAAUAGCAAAAGAAUUAAUUCAUUAAGUACAAAUGAUGGUUCAUUUAUUGAUGAUGAUUAUUCAUUUAAACAAAUAAAUGAUACAUUUAUUAUUUCAGAUGAAAAUAAUAAAAAAUAUAAUAAUAAUAUUAUUAAAAAUAAUAAAAAUAUAUCAAAAAAAUUAUUUAAUGGUAAUUGUUCAACAAAUAUACGUUUACAAAUUAAUAAAACAGCAACAAUAAAUGAUAAUGAAUUAUCAAUAUUAAGAGAUGAUAAAGCAUCAUCAAGUAUUGUUAAUAAUAAUAAUAAUAAUAAUAGUGCUGAUGAUGAAAGUGGUUUUUCAUCAAUGAAUAGUUUUCAAGAUGUUGGUAUACCAGUUACAACAGCAACAACAACAACAACAUCAACAACAAUGUUACCAAUAAAUAAUAGUCCUGGUUUACAUACUGAAAUUGGUUUACCUGAUGUACCAAUUGAUAAAAAUAUAAAAUGGCCAUCAAAUACAAUUGAUUUACAAUUAAAAAUUAAAAAUUAUAAAAAUGAAUAUAUUAAUAAUAAUAGUAAUAAUAAUAAUAGAGCUAAAGUUGAACAACGUAGUGUAUGGGUGUAAUUUUCAAUAUUAAUUUCAAUGAUAAUAUUGACAAUCAUUAAAUCAGGAAGGCAGUAUUUAUUAUUAAAAUUAUUAUAAUAAUAAUACAAUGAUAUUAUAAUCGUUAAUUAAAAUUAAAAAAAAAAUUUAAACAUACAUAUAAUGUAAUGCUUAAAAUAUAUAUGUUAAAAUAAUUAUAUAUUAAUUGAAUUGUAAUUAAAUAUUGUUAAUGCAGCUAGUGAUGUUUUUUUUUUUUAUUUUUUUUAGCAUUAAUUGCCUAAAGCUAAUUAUUAAAUAAAUAAAUCAAGUUUUUAUUUCAACAAGUUUAA